AGAAGCUGUUUGUCUGGAGAGCUGAGCUUUCUGACACAACUACUCGUUUAUGCGUUAAAAUUAUAUCACAGUAUUGCAAUUAGACUAGAUCAGGUUAACAUUAAACCCUCGGCAUUGUGUCUGUAUUUACGGCUUUAAAUCCCGUUCUGCUUUAAAGCCCACGGCUUCUUAUAAUGAAAUCAGCAGAAGCCAGUCCAUCCUGUGAGACUCCUGCUGUUACACCUUCACAGCUGUGCAAGGCUGUACAGACAAAAACUUCUGUGACUUCAGCUGGAGGGUCAACAAGCUCUGUGGAUCACUUCAGCCCUGAGGACCAACUGAAUGGAGGAUUUCAGGAGAAGGUUAUAAAAGAAGAACCUGAAGAUGAUGACUACCACUCUGGCAAGACAUCAAGCUGUGUGGGACGUGUCACCUCUGUGGACCAACAGAAUGAAGGAUUUCAUAUAAAGCUUGUAAAAGAUGAACCUGAAGAUAGAGAUUACUUGUGUGGUGACACAUCAAGCUGUGUGGUUCACCUGACCAUUGUGGACCAACAGAUGGAAGGAUUCCAAGAACAAUCUUUAAAAGAAGAAGAAACUACUGAAGAUGACUAUCUCUACUGUGAGUAUUGUAGUUCUUUCUUCAUCAACAAGUGUGAAAUACACGGUCCAGCUCUCUUCCUCCCUGAUACCCCUGUUCCAAUGGGGGUUUCAGAUCGAGCCAGACAAACCCUUCCCCCUGGUCUAGAGGUUCAGAAAUCUGGUAUUCCUGAUGCAGGCCUGGGAGUGUUUAAUAAGGGGGAUACUGUUCCACUUGGUGCCCACUUUGGGCCUUACCAGGGAGACCUGGUAGACAGAGAAGAAGCCAUGGCGAGUAGCUACUCUUGGGUGAUUUACAAGAGCAGGCAUUUUGAGAAAUAUAUAGAUGCUAAGAGAGUGACCCAUGCGAAUUGGAUGAGAUAUGUUAAUUGUGCUCAUAAUAAUGAAGAGACUAAUCUGGUGGCAUUGCAGUAUCAAGGGGAGAUUUUCUACCGUUGCUGUCGACCCAUCAAACCAAGGCAGGAGCUUUUGGUGUGGUAUGAAGAGAAGUACGCUAAGGAUCUUGGCGUCACUUUCAACUCCAUCUGGGACAAAAAGUGCUCCGUAAGAGAAACGAGCGGUUGUCCAUUGAAAGGUUUCUCUUGCUCAUUGUGUUCACUUUUCUAUACAUCACAAAUUGACCUUCACGAACAUAUUAAGAGAUGCCAUGAUGAGGAAAAUACGAGCAUGCUGAAAUCAGAAGAAAUUACACAUGAAACUCCAAAAACUACAAGAAUCUCUACAUGUAAGCAAACACGCACUGGUCCUCGCGUUGUUAAGACUUCUCACAGACUGAAAGAAACUUACUACUGCUCACAGUGUGGGAAACGUUUUGCUGGACGGUUUCAUCUGAAACAACACCAGCGCAUUCACACAGGAGAAAAACCGUUUCACUGCUCACAGUGUGGGAAGCGUUUCGCUCGACAGAGUCAUCUUCAAGCACAUCAAACCAUUCACACAGGAGACAAACUGUAUCCAUGCUCACAGUGUGGGAAACGUUUUAAUCGAGAGAGUACUCUCCAACGGCACAGACGCAUCCACACAGGAGAGAAGCCGUAUCACUGUUCAGACUGUGGGAAGAGGUUCACUUACCAGAAUGCACUCCAACGCCACCAGCGUGUUCAUACUGGAGAAAAGCCCUAUACCUGCUUAGAGUGUGGGAAGAGGUUUACUUACCGGAAUGCACUCCAACGGCAUCAGCGCGUUCAUACUGGAGAAAAACCAUACAUCUGCUCAGAGUGUGGGAAGAGUUUCAGCCAAUCAAAUUCUCUCCAAAUCCAUCAGCUCAUUCACACAGGAGAGAAGCCAUAUCCCUGCUCACAGUGUGGGAAGGUUUUUCUUCAACAGAAUACUCUGCAAAUACACCAGCGCAUCCACACAGGAGAGAAGCCAUUUCACUGUGGACAGUGUGGGAAGAGUUUUAAUCAAGAAAAUACUCUCCAGCGGCACCAGCGCACUCAUACAGGAGAGAGGCCAUACUACUGCUCACAGUGUGGGAAGACUUUUGCUCGACAGUGUAAUCUCAAACGGCAUGAACGCAUUCACACUGGAGAGAAGCCGUAUCAGUGCUCACAGUGUGGAAAACAUUUUAAUAGAGAGAGUACUCUCCAACGGCACCAGCACACUCACACUGGACAGAAGCUGUAUGAUUGCUCAGAUUGUGGGAAGAGUUUUACUCAUCAGAGUGUUCUCCGACAACACCAGCGCAUUCACACAGGAGAGAGGCCAUAUGACUGCUCACAGUGUGGGAAGAGUUUUACCCAAAUAUAUACUCUCCAACGGCACAAUCGCAUCCACACAGGAGAGAAGCCGUAUAACUGUGGACAAUGUGGGAAGACUUUUGCUUACCGGAGUACUCUCCAACAACACGAACGCCUUCACACAGGAGAGAAGCCGUAUCACUGUGGACAGUGUGAGAAGAGUUUUGCUUACCAGAGUACUCUGCGACAACACGAGCGCAUUCAUACAGGAGAGAAGCCAUAUUACUGCUCCCAGUGUGGAAAUAAUUUUACUUGUCAGAGUCAUCUCCAACGACACGAGCGCAUUCACACAGGAGAGAGACCGUAUCACUGUGGACAGUGUGAGAAGACUUUUACGCGAGAGAGCCAUCUCAAACGACACAUACUCAUUCACACAGGACAGAGGCCAUAUCACUGUGGACAGUGUGAGAAGAAUUUUAGUCAAGAGAGUCAUCUCCAACAACACCAGCUCAUUCACACAGGAGAGAAGCCGUAUCAUUGCUCACAGUAUUGUGGGAAGAGUUUUACUCAUCAGAGUGUUCUCCGACAACACCAGCGCAUUCACACAGGAGAGAGGCCAUAUGACUGCUCACAGUGUGGGAAGAGUUUUACCCAAAUAUAUACUCUCCAACGGCACAAUCGCAUCCACACAGGAGAGAAGCCGUAUAACUGUGGACAAUGUGGGAAGACUUUUGCUUACCGGAGUACUCUCCAACAACACGAACGCCUUCACACAGGAGAGAAGCCGUAUCACUGUGGACAAUGUGGGAAGACUUUUGCUUACCAGAGUACUCUGCGACAACACGAGCGCAUUCAUACAGGAGAGAAGCCAUAUUAUUGCUCCCAGUGUGGAAAUAAUUUUACUCGUCAGAGUCAUCUCCAACGACACGAGCGCAUUCACACAGGAGAGAGACCGUAUCACUGUGGACAGUGUGAGAAGACUUUUACGCGAGAGAGCCAUCUCAAACAACACGAACUGAUUCACACUGGACAGAGGCCAUAUCACUGUGGACAGUGUGAGAAGAAUUUUAGUCAAGAGAGUCAUCUCCAACAACACCAGCUCAUUCACACAGGAGAGAAGCCCUAUCACUGCUCACAGUGUGGGAAAUGUUUUCGUGACCAGAGGGCCUUCCACAGCCACCAGCAGAGUCAUACAGGACAGAAGAUGUACCAGUGCUCACAGUGUGGGAAGUGUUUUACUAGUCAGGGUAAUCUCCAACGACAUGAACGUGUUCACACAGGAGAGAAGCCGUAUCACUGUGGACAGUGUGGGAAGUGUUUUACUAGUCAGGGUAAUCUCCAACGGCACAAACGUGUUCACACAGGAGAGAAGCCGUAUUACUGUGGACAGUGUGGGAAGAGUUUUAGUCAGCAGCGUCAUCUCCAACGACACGAGCUCAUUCACACAGGAGAGAAACCGUAUCACUGCUCACAGUGUGGGAAGAGUUUUACUCGUCAGAGUCAUCUCAAACAACAUGAGCGCAUUCACACAGGAGAGAAGCCGUAUCACUGUGAACAGUGUGGGAAGAGUUUUGCUUACCAGAGUGCUCUCCAACAACAUGAGCGCCUUCACUCAGGAGAGAAGCCGUAUCACUGUGGACAGUGUGAGAAGAGUUUUGCUUGCCACAGUACCCUGCGACAACACAAGCGCAUUCACACAGGAGAGAGGCCAUAUUACUGCUCCCAGUGUGGAAAUAGUUUUACUCAUCAGAGUCAUCUCCAACGACACGAGCGCAUUCACACAGGAGAGAGACCGUAUCACUGUGGACAGUGUGAGAAGACUUUUACACGAGAGAGCCAUCUCAAACGACACGUACUCAUUCACACAGGACAGAGGCCAUAUCACUGUGGACAGUGUGAGACGAGUUUUAGUCAAGAGAGUACUCUCCAACAACACCAGCUCAUUCACACGGGAGAGAAGCCGUAUCACUGUGAACAGUGUGGGAAACGUUUUCGUGACCAGAGGGCCUUCCACAGCCACCAGCAGAGUCAUACAGGACAGAACGCGUACCUCUGCGGACACUGUGGACAAAGCUAUAGAUAUGCAAAUUCAUUAAGGAGACACAAGUGCUCUAACAUAAAUCCAUCAGAUCACAAAACACAAAGGCAGAAUGUAGAAUCUGUAAGGUAAAAAUAUCAUAUGGAGCAGGUCCUACUGACCACCUUCACAGCCGUAUUACUCUCUCUGUAGACUUGCUUAAAGUUGUAAUGGAAUAAAAACACUAAAUGAGUUGAAUAACAUAAUAUAAUGGUACAUAUUAAGUACACAUUGUAAUGUCACAUUUAGCUUUUAGCUAUUAGCAUUGAGACUGUCAAAAAUAAUUAAAAACGAGUGUAUAUGGGGGGCCUCCAGGGUCCGGGGUUCGAUUACUGCCAGGGCCAUGUGUGUGCGGAGUUUGCAUGUUCUCCUCGUGCUGCGGGGGUUUCCUCCGGGUACUCCGGUUUCCUCCCCCAGUACAAAGACAUGCAUGGUAGGCUGAUUGGCGUGUCUAAAGUGUCCGUAAUGUAUGAAUGGGUGUGUGAGUGUGUAUGUGAUUGUGCCCUGCGAUGGACUGGCACCCUGUCCAGGGUGUACCCCGCCUUGUGCCCGAUGCUUCCUGGGGUAGGCUCCAGGUUCCCCGUGACCCUGAAAAGGAGUAAGCGGUAGAAGUUGGAUGGAUGGAUGGAUAUGGGGGACCUAGGGUUGCAAGAGUGGUGGAGCUACCUCCCUGAAAUGAGUUGUUGCAGGGUGUGAUGUCUGGAACCAGUAUAGAAAAUAUUUAUGAAUUGUAAUCAAGAUGUACAACUAACUUUUGGAUAUGUUAAUGAAGUGCACUCAAUAUGUAACCUACAUUUAGAAUUACUACUUAAAGUAAGAACCUGUGUUUGUCUAAACACAGCUUCACUUUGUGGCAGUAAAUUAGACACAUUCCAGAACUGGGUUUCUGAAUUGGGCCCCCUGGGCUUGCAAAUCAGUAACAUAAGAAGAGACAAGAGUUCAAAGAAAGGGUACCAAGAUGAGGCUAUGGAAUGAAUUAUGUGACAUAGUAUUAACCCGGGUCUGGUAAAAAACUUUUAAAGAACAUGCAACUGGCUAUGCAUGCGCCACAAAUAUAAGGUAUCACAUGAAUGUGAAUAAUUAGUUAAGGCAAUGGAGAUUGGUCUGUUCUAAAAAGAAAAGGUAAAUGCCACACCUAGGGAUAAUUUUACUGCUUCAGGGAGGUAUAUAAAGACAUGCUUGUGUAUGUAUAAUUCGGACUUUCUGCAGACUGUCUCACUUUAUUGGUUUUCACUAAAAUUUAUUUACUUUUUGACAUCUACUAAACUCUCUGCCUCUGAAGUUUUUGACUUAGGCUAAAAAGGUUGAUUUUAUUCACAACACCAGCUCCAUAGUUCAGUAGUGCAGGGCACUGAUCAGGGUAUCGGCCAUUUUAUGGGCUGUCUCAAGUGCAAAAUCCAUAAAACGAAAAUCCCACAACACGCUACACAAACCAGGGUGCAUUGAUCUUCACUAUGUUCCCUUAUUGGAAAGGAUGUCAUGCUUUCUGAAGCCUCUCAGCUUGAAAACAAGGGCGAAUGAACCCUCAGCCAACUGCUGACUACAAAUGUAAGGAACUUGUAAUCUUUGUUGUAGCUCUCAAAUGAUUACUUACAUUA